AUGACAUUUAAUAUUUGUGUAUUAAUAUCAGGUAAUGGUACAAAUUUACAAGCAAUAAUUGAUGCAAUUGAAAGUAAAUAUUUAAAUGUUUGUAUAAAAGUUGUAAUUUCAAAUAAAGAAACAGCUUAUGGAUUAGAGAGAGCAAAGAAAGCAUCAAUUGAAACACGUGUAUUCUCACUUCAAAAAUAUUUAAAACAAGAUCCAAUCAAUAAUACACGUUCAACCUAUGGAUUGGAAUUAGCAAAGAUCAUUAGAGAAUACUCAUCGAUUGAUUUAAUAGUUUUAGCCGGUUGGAUGAUUAUAUUACCAGCAACAUUUUUAAAAGAAUUUACAGAUAAUAAACCAACCAUCGAUAUAAUUAAUCUUCAUCCAGCAUUACCAGGUCAAUAUCCUGGUGCACAUGCAAUCGAACGUGCUUUCAAUGAUUUCAAAGAAAAUAAAAUAAAACAUUCAGGUAUAAUGAUUCAUAAAGUUAUUGAAGAAGUUGAUGCUGGUGAAGUUAUCUUAACAAAAGAAAUUCCAAUACUUCCAACUGAUACAUUAGAAUCUUUAGAAGAAAGGUUUCAUCAACAAGAACAUAAAUCAUUAGUUGAAUCAAUAAAAUUAUUAUCAACAAAAUAA